GUGACUAUUACCCGCUGAUUAUUCUCAACAAACCAUAAAGACAUUGGCACCCUCUAUCUGAUCUUCGGUGCUUGAGCCGGAAUGGUAGGUACUGCAUUAAGCCUACUUAUUCGCGCAGAACUUGGACAACCGGGAGCCUUAAUAGGGGAUGACCAAAUUUAUAACGUUAUUGUUACUGCCCAUGCAUUCGUAAUAAUCUUCUUUAUAGUAAUGCCGAUCAUAAUCGGCGGCUUCGGCAACUGAUUAGUGCCAUUAAUAAUUGGAGCGCCAGAUAUGGCAUUCCCACGAAUAAAUAAUAUAAGCUUUUGACUACUUCCCCCCUCAUUCCUGCUUUUAUUAACAUCGUCUGCAGUAGAAGCUGGUGUAGGAACCGGCUGAACUGUAUACCCACCACUAGCAGGCAAUUUAGCUCAUGCGGGGGCAUCAGUUGAUCUAGCUAUCUUUUCAUUACAUUUGGCUGGAGUAUCUUCCAUUCUAGGAGCUAUUAAUUUUAUCACCACAAUUAUUAAUAUAAAACCACCAGCUACCUCACAAUAUCAAACACCUUUAUUUGUAUGAUCUGUCCUCGUUACUGCGGUAUUAUUACUACUAUCACUCCCAGUAUUAGCAGCUGGUAUUACCAUACUAUUAACAGACCGAAACCUCAACACAACAUUUUUUGACCCUGCUGGAGGAGGAGACCCAAUUCUCUAUCAACAUUUGUUCUGAUUCUUUGGUCACCCAGAAGUCUACAUUCUUAUUCUCCCCGGAUUUGGUAUAAUUUCUCAUAUUGUAGCCUACUACUCAGGUAAAAAUGAACCCUUUGGUUAUAUAGGAAUAGUCUGAGCUAUGAUAGCAAUCGGGCUUUUAGGCUUUAUUGUAUGAGCACAUCAUAUGUUUACAGUGGGAAUAGAUGUGGAUACUCGAGCUUAUUUUACUUCCGCAACAAUAAUUAUUGCCAUCCCAACAGGAGUAAAAGUUUUCAGCUGACUUGCAACUUUACAUGGAGGAGCUAUUAAAUGAGAAACCCCUAUAUUAUGAGCCCUGGGGUUUAUUUUCCUUUUCACUGUAGGAGGGCUAACAGGAAUUAUCCUAGCAAAUUCCUCAUUAGAUAUUAUACUACAUGACACGUAUUAUGUAGUUGCCCAUUUCCACUAUGUUUUAUCUAUAGGAGCUGUAUUUGCCAUUAUAGGCGGAUUUGUUCACUGAUUCCCACUAUUUUCAGGUUACACACUUCAUCCAACAUGAACUAAAAUUCACUUUGGAGUUAUAUUUAUCGGCGUCAAUUUAACAUUCUUCCCCCAACAUUUCCUCGGCCUAGCAGGAAUACCACGACGUUAUUCCGAUUACCCUGAUGCAUACACACUUUGAAAUUCCCUUUCGUCCAUUGGAUCAAUAAUUUCUCUAACAGCUGUAAUUAUGUUCUUAUUUAUUCUAUGAGAAGCCUUCGCAGCUAAGCGAGAAGUACAAACAGUAAAUCUCACAUAUACUAAUGUUGAAUGACUACACGGAUGCCCUCCGCCUUACCAUACAUAUGAAGAACCGGCAUUUGUUCAAUCACCUAAUUCACGAGAAAGG